CACAACACCACAUCAAAAUCCGCUUUAGAAUUAGAUUUAGAACAAUAAUUUAUAAUGAUGCUCUCUCUCUCUCUCUCUCUCUCUCUCUCUCGCUCUUGCUAGUCGUUACAACCGAAGCUGCUGCCUUGCCUUUACUCUUCCAUCCUCAUCAUUCUUAAAAAUGAUAAUAAAUCGUUCCAUUCGCUAAAUCAAAUCUCAUUUUCGAUCCUUAAAAUUCACAUUCCCCUUUGAAUUCCGCAAUGGCCGCUCCUCCUCCCAUUAAAUUGAAGCAAUCUUCGCCAAAAUCCGCCGCCCACACUCUUACCAGUACCACCUCCUCGUCCUCCGCCCACGACGCCCGCCUCCUCGUUCGCGAAACGUUGCGUAUCAGCGCCAAUCUCGCUUCUUCUCCUCCCGAUUCCGCCCCUCACCCGCCUUCUUCAUAUUCAUCUUUGCUCCAUUCAUCGGACAAUCUCGGCCUGCUGCAGGACGACUUUGUGAAUUCCAGCCUCAGGUUCAUUUGCUGCGAGGAAAUCGACGGCCGCAGAUGGAACUACUUGGCUGAAAAGGACGCCUCCGGAAGCUUCAAGAAAGGCUCCAUUCGCGCCCGCCUUUCUUACACUCCUCAAGUUCCCCCCAUUGAAGAGUUGAUGUCGUUCGUAAGAUCCUAUGUACUUCCAGAAGGUUUCCCUGAUAGUGUUACUCCUUCGUAUGUCCCAUAUAUGACAUGGAGGGCUUUGAAGCACUUUUUUGGUGGAGCAAUGGGUGUUUUUACGACGCAAACGCUUUUGAGUUCAGUUGGGGUCUCUAGAAGAGCAACGCCUGGAGCUGUUGCCAUAAACUGGAUUCUCAAGGAUGGUGCUGGUCGUGUUGGAAAAAUGCUUUUUGCCCGCCAAGGAAAGAAGUUUGAUUUUGACCUAAAACAGCUGCGAUUUGCGGGUGAUCUUCUUAUGGAAGUGGGUGCUGCUGUGGAGUUGGCGACUUCAGCUGUGCCACACCUGUUUCUUCCUUUGGCUUGUGCUGCUAAUGUGGCGAAGAAUGUUGCUGCUGUAACCUCAACAUCAACUCGCACACCAAUUUACAAAGCCUUUGCUAAAGGAGAAAACAUUGGGGAUGUCACUGCUAAAGGAGAAUGUGUUGGAAAUAUUGCAGAUCUACUGGGAACUGGGCUGAGCAUAAUGAUCUCAAAAAGAAACCCAUCCUUGGUCACUACUUUUGCCUUACUUUCUUGCGGAUAUGUCCUCAGCUCUUACCAAGAGGUUAAAUCUGUAGUGUUGCACACAUUGAACCGAGCCAGAUUCACUGUGGCAGUAGAUUCCUUCCUUAAGACAGGAAGAGUUCCCUCAUUACAGGAGGGGAAUAUGAACGAAAACAUAUUCAGUUUUCUGUGGUUGAAAGAUGGGCCUAUUGUUCUUGGACCAAGUUUCAGGGAUGCAUUCCAAGACCCGGGUGCAUAUCUUGCCAUAGAGCCUCUUUUUGAGAAAGAGAGAUACAUUGUGACGUAUAAUUCUUCAAAGGGUAAAAUAUAUGCAUUGCUCAAAGAUCAGGCAAAGUCAGAUGACAUUCUGAAAGCAGCAUUUCAUGCUCACAUGCUUCUGCAUUUUAUACAAGAAUCAAAUAAGAGUCAUCUUUCUGCACGGAAGCAGAGUGAGUAUGGCUAUUCAGAUAUUGUGUCCCCAACAACAGAUCUUGAGGCUCAUGUUGUAGAGUCAUGUAAGAUGGUCUCAGCCUCUUAUGGGAUUUUCAAGAGCAAAGCUGCAGAGGAGGGAUGGAAGAUGUCAGAAUCACUUCUUAAUCCCGGCCGGGCUCGGGUGCAUGCAAGUGAUAAAUUGGCAUGACAUGCGAAUUCUUUUGCAUCUGCAUGCAAGGCUAGGCUUUGACAGUAAAGUGCGGAAAGCUUCUGCCGCCUUGGGCACACUGGAAAACACCAGCUUCAUAUGACAAAGCGGUCCUGCAGUAUACGAAUGGGAACGUGGGAACCAUGGUCUCAUGGAAGCUGGAAAAUCUAUUUUAAGGUGGAG